CCCCGAUUCUGGAUCCCUUGGCCUUACCUCAGAUACCUCACCUCGCUCGCCUGGACUAGAGAGCUCGACGUAGCUGCAACGCCCCCCAAAGACCUCCGCCGUCAACCACAAUCCACGACACAGGCAACGAAACGCACCGAAUCGAGCACGAUGAGUCUCACAUAUGGCCUGGGAGGCAUUGGGAGCACCCUUCUCGUUGUGGGAGCUUACAUGCUCUUCACGGGAUCGGGCGAGGCCUUUAACGUCGGCGAGUUCCUCGAAUCUAUCUCACCCUACGCAUGGGCGGAUACGGGCAUUGCCCUUUGCAUCGGUCUCUCCGUUGUAGGCGCGGCAUGGGGUAUCUUCAUCACCGGCUCCUCCAUCCUCGGCGCGGGCGUCAAGGCCCCGCGCGUGCGCACCAAGAACUUGAUCUCCAUCAUUUUCUGCGAAGUCGUCGCCAUCUACGGCGUCAUCAUGGCCAUCGUCUUCUCCGCCCAGCUCGAGAACGUCCAGGGUGAGGUCCUGCACGACGGCAACAGCUACUACACUGGUUUCGCCCUCUUUUGGGCCGGUAUCACCGUCGGAAUGUGCAACCUCAUCUGCGGUGUCGCUGUCGGCAUCAACGGUAGUGGAGCCGCGUUGGCCGAUGCCGCCGACCCUACACUCUUCGUCAAGAUUCUCGUCGUCGAGAUUUUCAGCUCUGUCCUCGGUCUUUUCGGUCUGAUUGUUGGACUUCUUGUCUCUGGCAAGGCCAACGCUUUCGGCAAGGCAUAAAGCAAUAAGAAGCUGUCUACACAAUUUGAAAGAUUCAAAAGAGGAGGUUUAUGACCGACGGCAUAGCAACUGUCAACCUCGGACACGAUGUACAGUGAAGCACUGCAUUACACCAAGGUUUACUUGGGCGGGCGUUAAUGGCAUACAGGCAGGGCGAGGACAUUUUGUAUUGUACACUAUCCAAGUAUUAUAGCUCCUCAUCGAGA